UGGCCGCCGAAGGUGAGAAGAUCUCAACUCGUUAUCUUGAUUUCAUUUGAUCUCUUGCCUGUUUGAUAUGUCUUUAUGAUUGUUUUUGAGAAAAUAAAGGCCAAUUCGCAGAGCAAAGGCGCCUGAUCAAAGUGGUGAUAAACUUUGCAUUGAAGAUUAAUAGAGGCAAUAACGAUGGCGACGGACGGUUUUCCUGCACAUGGAGUGUGGACGACCGAGGAGGAUAAGAUCUUGAGGGAAGGUCUUGAAAGGCACAGGAUGAAGGCUACUCUUGCUGCAUGUAAGGAAAUUGCAGCAGCAUUGCCUAGAAAGACCAUCGUCGAUGUGGCUAUGAGGUGUGAAUGGCUGUUGGUGGCAGGAAAAAUCACAAGUCUCUUAGAAUAUCAUGUGUCGCGGCCAGUAGGACACAUGUCUAGUGAUGGUAUUAAUACCGAUAGAGAUAUUGGUGAGGUGAGAAGAAACCUCCUUGACUCAACUUCAAAUAUUCUCAAGGGAGUUGGUGAAAAUCCCCAGGUGAUCAUCAAUGAGAUGUUUUUUAUUGUCCAUUGUUCUCAUGGCAUAGUUGAAAAUGCACAUGAGCCUGGGUUUCGAACAAUCCCCAGGAGGUUUCGAACGAUCGCCUGGGUCUGUGCACGUCUUGACUCUUGGUUUGUUUACUUUGUUAAAAAAGUUAUGGUGCAAGGAUGGCCGCCCGUACUGUCGUGGCGCCGUAGGAUUGGUCCGUGGAAACAGUAAAUAUGAUCCACUAUGUGCAUCUCCGCUGACAUAUUAAAUAGGUGUAGGUACAGUUCUCCGACAUGUUAACAGUUGCAAUGCUAGAGACAGAAAUAUAGAAGUAUAAGUGGGUAUAAAUUUAUAUAAUCCAUAUUUUUUUUU